AUGGCGCGGGAUGCUGCCCUCGAUGGCGGCAAGGCUUCCUCCUCAGCUGCUCGCCGGUCUGCCCGGAAGGCCGCCGCUGCUUCUGCUGAGCGUGCGGUCCAUCACUUCCGCGCUGAAGCUGAGGGCUGGAAAAAGAAGUACUACGACCUGGCCUACUCCCUGGGUUCGGACAGGUGCCCUCAGCUGGGUCUUCGGCUGGCGGCCGCGGCGCCUGCGCUGGAGGCACUGCUCUUGGACGAGCCCGUGGAGCACACUGAUGUCCUUCGUCGGAACGUUGCUCUGCAUUCGGUUGCCGAGGGGAUCGACAUCGUCUCCGCCUCGCCUGCCGAGCUCAACUCUGCGCAACGCGUCGGCGCCUUGACGGCCCCGUUCCUGUGCAGUGGGUUCCGCGAGACCUGCCGCCCGACCCUGGAGAAGGCCGCCUCUUCUCCUGAGAUGGCUAUGGGUACCCUCAUUGUCGUGUUCGUCAUUGUCGGCAUUUGCUGGUUCUGGGUAUUGGCACUUUGCGUCGUAUGGCAUUGUUGUUUUCUCGUGCGGGGUUCAUUUUCCUGGUUCGGCCUCAUCAGGUGCGGGCUGCAUGGCGUGCAGCUGUCCGGCGAGAUCUACGGCGUUAUUGCGGCGCCGAAGCUCCCUCCGGCCAAGGCUCCCCCUGCGCAAGCCAGCCCGGGAGCGGCAGUCGCCAUGAACGGGGCUGGGCUGCCCGUGAAGCCCGCGCCGCCGACGGCCUCCGGCAGCGACGCCUUGCUGGCCAAGGCGCCGCCGUUGGGCUCGGGCAGCGAUCCGCUGCCAGCCAAGGCUGCGCCGCUUCAGGUCAAGCCGCCGCCGCCGCUCGGCGCCAGGCAGGAGGAAGAGAACGGCCCCAUCUUGCCGCCCCUCCACGUCAUCGUCCUUCUGCGCCUCUUGGUGGCCGCGGCAGCGCCGCUGAUCAGGAAAGCACCGCCUGCGCAGUUUGCGCGCUAG